GCUCCUGUGGGCGCACACAGUUCAGUUCAGAUGGCCCGCUGCGGCGAAUAGGAAACGUACAGUCAUCUUCAUAUCUCACUGUAUCUCGUUCUGAAAAGACUUUGGAGCAAAGAGACGGAUCCGACCAUUUUGUUUUUACUAUUUCCUCUUUGGAAAUGAAGGACAUAUUCACUCCAGAUUGAAAAGCAGCACUAUUUAGGACUUUGGUUUUUUUUUUUUUCUUUUUAAAGUUGGACUUUUCCGCGACUUGCUUUUGCGACUAAUCCCGCAAUUUUGACACACGCGCAAACGAUGGCCGAGAACAAGCCCCCGCACGUUAUCGUCUGCAACGACUCGCCCAAGAGAGUUCUGGUGUCCGUCAUCAAGACCACCCCGAUCAAGCCCAGGAAAGCGGAGGCCCUGACGCCGACGAGCCCCGGCUUCAGCGACUUCAUGGUCUACCCGUGGAAGUGGGGGGAGAACGCCCACAACGUGACCCUGAGCCCGGGCUCGGUGAGCGGAGCGUCGUCCCCGACCGGCACCCAGACAGCCGGAGAGGCGGACACGGCUCUCACACCUGAGCAGAUCAAGGAUGGUAUCCGCAGAGGCCGUCCCAGAGCCGACACUGUCCGGGAGCUGAUCAGCGAGGGGGAGACCUCGUCAAGCCGCAUCCGCUGCAACAUCUGCAACCGGGUGUUUCCCCGAGAGAAGUCCCUCCAGGCUCACAAGAGGACACACACAGGAGAGAGGCCCUAUCUGUGUGACUACCCAAACUGCGGGAAGGCGUUCGUCCAGAGCGGUCAGCUGAAGACGCACCAGCGCCUGCACACCGGCGAAAAGCCCUUUGUCUGCUCGGAGAAAGGAUGUGGCAAUCGGUUCACUCACGCCAACCGUCACUGCCCCAAGCACCCUUUCUCCCGUCUGAAGAGGGAGGAGCCGAAGGAGGGCCAGGGCAAGUCCCAGUCCGUGGACAACAAGGCUGUAGCCGAAUGGCUGGCGAAGUACUGGCGAACCCGCGAGCAGCGUGCCCCUACGACCACCAAGGUGAAGCCACAGGGCAAGGGGAGCGCCGAGGACCAGGAGCAGCAGGAUCCCAUGGAGUUCCUCCAGUCCGACGAGGAGAACGGCGAGGAGGAAGAGGCCGCGGAGGAAGAGAAGGGCAGCGGCCAGGGGGGAGCCGCCAAGCGCCGCCUCCAGGAGCAGCGGGAGCGUCUCCACGGCGCCCUGGCGCUCAUCGAGCUGGCCAACAACCUGUCUGCCUGAACGCCCACACCCACUUCCUGGUUCUGGACUCCCCGUUCCCCUUCCCCCCAUAUUCCCAUGCCCAAUCCAUCUUCCUGCAAUAUGUGCUGUCGCUAAAAAAAGAAUCAUUCAUAAACACGAAGAUCGAAGACUAGAUUAGUUUAUUCCGUCAAGUUGUGAAACCAGACUUUGAGGAGUUGUUAGCCCAAGAUCAGUGUUAGGCACAGCACCGACCCCUCUCACAGCACCAGGAAGGCACAAGCUAAAGCACCUUAUUCAUUUUUUUACAUUUUAUUCCUUUAGGCUGCUAUAAUUGUAGAUUUGACUAUAUGAAGAAUGUCUUUCUUUCUUCCGUCUUCUGCAGGCAAAGAAAGAUUACCUGUUAUGUUUUGUUUUUUUCAAAUUUGUUUGGUUUGCACUUUGAUGGUAACGAGUUUGUUUCUUUGUAAGUAUAUUGUUGAGUGUAAGAGAGCGUGUAUGGCCGAUGUAUAUAUGGAUGAAGCUCAGAUGGACAGAAGAAUACAGGGUUGUGGUCACAUAUAGGAACACGUUCCGCUACGCUCCCGGGUUUUCAUCUACAGGCUCGUAAAGCAGAACUUCACUGCCAGUGAGAACAGGAGUGGUGUGGUGGCAGAAAUGGACUGAGAACUGUUCAGAUCGUUUUUUAAAUUUUUUUUUUAAACCUCGUCGGUACAUUUACUCUCUAAAAACAGUGGUGAGCAACAGCAAUGGUGGAAAAAAAAGACCAAAAUAAAGUCAGGGGAGCAAGAUCAGUCCUGACGUGACGUGGUUAUUAUUAUUAUUUUUUUCACAUGCGAAUGAGAGGUGAUCAUUGCAAGCCUAAUCCAGAGGUCGGGUCAGGCAAACCUUUACAGUUUUGCCACUUGACUUAUUAGUAUUUACACAAAACUAUAUCUACCUGACAUUACCAGACAAGACCAUCCCAAGCCGUACACUCAUUAUUCUACAAUGAGUCCUAUUUCCAUUUUAACAACAGUUCAAUACAAGGAGUGCGUAAAUCCUGCAGGCCAAACAUUUUUUUUCCAACUCAAUGGGAGAUGUUUUAUUAACAAUGGAUGUCGGCCACCUUUUAUAUUAAAAGGUGGCAGAUCAAUUAUGAUACCUGGCAUAGCAUCAUGGAAGUGUUUGGUGCAUCUUAUGUCAUCUCAUUUUAAAGUUUAAAUUAUUCAAUAUUUAUAACCUUUUUUUAUUUUUUCCUCGUGUGGCUAACAUUCUGUUCGUGUGUUUUGAGAGCGCCGAAAAUCAUUGGAUGCGUAAAAGGGAAAUGUUCCGACUUCACCAAAUCUUCUGCAAAAGUAUGUCACAUGACUUUUCGACAUUCCACUUGGUUUCGAUGAAGCACUUACACCAACUAUAGAGUCUUGGAUUAAGCUUGCAAUGCACUGAAGAUGAGAGCUGUUCCACGUGUCCAGAAAAAAAUUGGGCCUGUUUUCAUAAACUGAUUUGUGUAGUGCUGGGUAUUUUUUUUUUUUUUAAUGCAACACUACAUCCUUCAACACUGUACGAUGCCUCCCAUAACUGCCCUGCUUCUGGACAACCUGUCACUCUCAGCUGUGAUGUUUGAAUCUGUUCAAUUUUAUAAAUGACCCUUCGUGGGAGUUUUCGGUCAAACUGGAAGGUAAAAAAUUUGUUAACUGUUGAUAAUCAAAAACGCCAAAUGAUUUUAUUGUACCCAGUUAUAGUAUAUUUUUUAAAAGCAUUUCUAACCCUUAGUGUAUUUUGUGGUUUGAGAAGAUUAUGGCAUUUAAUAUAUACACAAUGUGUUUUUUUGUGUGUUUUCUUUAGAAUAUUGAGCGUGCACAAUUUACAGAGAGCUUUGAAGUUGAACUUUAGUGUCAGUUUUUCCCUCCUCUGCUAACAUCCUCCAACAGUUUUCCAUGUUUGUGACAUGUAUACAGUGAUCCUGCUUGCUCCGUAGAUAUUUUACUACACAAGAUUUCUCCGACUGUCCACACUGUUUUACAACUAUUGGUCUUCAAAUAAACAUUCACUGAACCGGA